AUGCGAAAAUGUUCUAAAAUUAUUAUUGGACGUAUUCAUGGAAAGUCAGUUGGUGGUGGUGUUGGACUUAUUGCUGCUUGUGAUUAUGUUAUAGCAACAGAUGAAGGAGUUAUAAAAUUAUCCGAAUUAGCUAUUGGGAUUGGACCAUUUGUUAUUGCUCCUUUUUUAGAGCGAAAAAUGGGAAAACAGGCCUUUUCAGAAUUGACUUUAAUGGCUCAUGAAUGGAAAGAUGCUCGUUGGGCUAAAGAUAAAGGAUUGUACGGAACAUUGGGAUCAACUGCUCUUGCAAAGGGCUACUAUCUCUGGAAG